GUCUGAAAUGAGCGUUAGGUAAGCUUCUCCACUGGACUUUCUGGCUAGUGAAACGGAUUAGGCAGUUGUUCCUCUGGCGAUGCAGUUGUUGGAAAAGACCAGAGACUCUCAGAGGUGAAAUUACCAUGACAUCUGCCCCUCCAUUCCGACCUCGCCGCCUUUCCCCUCUCGGAAGUUUUAGCUUCCGCCACUGCUUGUCUGCGGGGUCUAUAAAAUCAACCUUCCUCGCAGCCGCAUCGUCUCCCUCCUUUCAACAAAACAACGACAGAAAUGCCCUCUUUAACACUCGAUACCACGACCUCUCCACAUACACAAGAACAUGGCCAGACUCAGUCAACAUCGCGCUCGGCGUCACCCGUCCGCGCCCCUCCAUAUUCCCCGAUAACACCAACCCUCUCAACCGCCCGACCUAUCUUUACCCACACCUCACAACCUCCCCCAGCCCCAAUACCCCAACCACCGCCUGAAACAAUAGACUUCAGCACGAACCCAGAUGUGCUGGCGCUCAAAGCUACGAUGAGCAUCCUGCAGCAGCAGAAGAAGACCGCGGAACAGGACAUGAAGCUCCUGGCAGAUACGAAAGAACGCGCGUUGAGAGAUCCAGAGCGCUUUGCGACAGCGCUGACAGAGGGCCGGAUACACACGAGAGGUGACACACUCUUUAAUCCGAGCAACGAGGCCGACAGUGACGAAGAGAUGGAGGAUGCAGACGACCUGGGGCAAAUCGAGUCAGGAAGACAGGCUGUGGCAAGAGCUACGAAUGAGGAGAAAUGGAAACCUCUACCUACGCCUCAGAAUGUAGUCAGGAUGCCUGCUGUCAACUGGGAGCAGUAUGGUGUUGUUGGUGACUCGCUGGAGAAAAUACACAAGGAUCAGAUUGCGAGACCGAAUGAAGGCAUCCCACAGAAGAUGGGGCCUGAUGGGAAAUUCCAAGCUGGAUCCGAGGGGCAGAGGAGAGACUAUCUUGGCAUAGCGGCACCAUAUAACCCGUUGAAGGAUAAGAUUGAGAAGUCUGGCACCAAAAAGUCUGGGAAGAGGUAACAGAUGAGGGAAGGGACUAUUGCGUGUGGGUU